AAAAGAGAAGCCUUGGGGCGAGGUUUUCGGUGGGUUCCAAACACCAUAACCCUAAAACUCUUACAGUCUUACCUAUAAAUACAUAAUCACAAAUCACAAUACAAUUUUCCUUACAUCGUUAUCGUUAUCGUUAUCGUUAUCGUUGAAGAGAGAAGAUGCAGAUAUUCGUGAAAACUCUUACCGGCAAAACUGUCACUCUCGAGGUUGAAAGUAGCGACACCAUCAACAAUGUUAAGGCCAAGAUUCAAGACAAGGAAGGUAUUCCACCGGACCAGCAACGACUGAUCUUUGCCGGAAAGCAAUUGGAGGAUGACCGUACUGUUGCUGAUUACAACAUCCAGAAAGAAUCAAGUAUUCAUCUGGUGUUGAGGCUCAGGGGAGGUGGAGGAGGAUCUGGAAAACAACCUUACGCACCCUAUAUGGCGGAUUUGGCUCGUAAAACUAAUCAAAACAAGCUCAUUUGCCGCAAGUGCUAUGCUCGCCUACCUUUGAGGGCUACAAAUUGCCGCAAGAAGAAAUGUGGACACUCCAAUCAGUUAAGGCGCAAGGCUGUUGUUUUUACUAAUGGUGGUGGCAGGGGAUAGAAGCAGAAGCUAGCGUGCGUACAACUAUAUAAUAUCUAUCUCCUCAUUUCAUAUCAUUUUCUUUAUUUUGCAAAGGAUUUAUUGUCAUUUGUCAACUCCAUGACUCUGAAUACCGAAUAGUUACUCACAUUAUUAUUCCCAUUUUAUAAUAUUCCAUCAUUUUCUACCCUA